AUGGGCCGCCAAGCGCGAAAAUGGUUCGGACUGGCGCUGGAGGCACGCCUGCAACCAGAUGUGGUGAUGUACAACUCGGUCAUCAACAGCUGCGCGAAGGAGGGCAGACAAGACGACGCGGAGCACUGGCUCAGAAGCAUGCUCCAACAUGCGAUGUCUCCCGAUCGCGUGAGCUUCAACUCAGUCCUGGAUGCCGCCGCACGAUCUGGCCAAGGUGAUGCGAGCAUCGAGCUGAGCUCCCGGAUGCUGGAGAGCAUGUCCAGCUCCAGCAUUCCGCCGGACAUGAUCAGCUACAAUGCAGCCAUUCGGGCUUGUGUACGCGCUGGCGCUGCCGAGUCUGCAGCCGCUUUCGUGGCUGCCUUGCGUGGCGACGGGCUACACCCCGACGAU